AAAAGGAGUUUAGAAUACCGGAAACUUCCAAUGCGCAUGUCAAAAAAGUCGUAGCAACGAAAGCAAGAUUUUACCAAAACGUAAACUUAAGAGACAUUCACCAUGACUGAAAUCGAAGAAACCUUCAAGAGAAUAUCUGCACAUAAAGGUGUAAUUGGGAUUGUCGUUGUCAAUCAUGAAGGCAUUCCCAUCAGAUCGACACUUGAUAAUUCCGUUACCAUACAGUAUGCUGGUCUAUUUCAUCAGCUCACACAGAAGGCGCGGAGUACUGUACGAGACAUAGACCCACAGAAUGAUCUUACGUUUCUCAGAAUUCGGUCAAAAAAACAUGAGAUAAUGGUAGCACCAGAGAAGGAUUAUCUGAUGAUAGUAAUCCAGUCUCCUAAAGUUCUCUGAGAGUUCCCAAGACUGGACAAAAUCAUACUGUGAUCUUCAUCAUCAUCAUGUUUAGGGUUCCCCUCCAUGGAAACAUCAGACUUUGACAUGUAUACAGACUGACAUAUGAUGCUACAUACAAUGUUCAACUAAAUGUAUAUAGAUCUUAUUUAUAAACCUAUUACAAAGUCAAUGUAGUAGGAAAUAAUAACUGUAAUGUACGUAACUAUGUGUGUAGCAUUAUAGUAAGUCAGUCAUGGUACAUAAAAAUCAAUACAAAGAUUGAGUUUUCAUUUUUUGGACCAGCCAAAUAACUCAACAACACACUUUGGGAUUUUCAACAAAAGGGGGAUUAUUUAUUCACGUCUAUCUCCGCUAUUUCAUGAAAAUAAAUAUGUAAACAUACACAUAUAAAGUA